GUCACGUGACGGCGGCAAACCCGGAAGCGAUAACCAGAGCUUGAAGGUAGGUUUGUAGCUCCCCGGGGUCUGCUUAGUGAAAUGAAAACAACCAGAAGUGAAACUUGACAUGCCAUCCAGACAGCAUUUUGAGGAAAAAAGAAUCCGACGUUAAAUCCUGGCGGGAAACGUUGUCACGUUCAGUGGACUAUGCACUUCAACAGCUUCACCUGUGUUUUCCUGCUGGGUUUGUGCUCCUGUGGACUCCUCCAUCAUGUGUCAGCCUGCAAACAUGAGCCAGAGACCCCCGACUGGAGGAUGACCCUGAAAACUAUCCGCAACGGAAUACAUAAGAUCGACAAGUACCUGAACGCAGCACUGGACCUGUUCGGCGGAGAUGACGGGCUGUGUCACUACAGGUGUAGUGACGGUUACAAGCCGGUGCCUCGUCCCGGGUACAAGCAGCCACCACCUAACGGAUGUGGGUCACCGGUGUUUGGGUUUCAGUUUGAUAUAGGAAUCCCGUCCAUGACAAAAUGCUGUAACCAGCACGACCGCUGCUAUGACACCUGCGGCCGGGAGAAGCACGACUGUGACGACCAGUUCCAGGACUGUCUCGAGACCAUCUGCAGGAAUGUGCAAAAGACUCUGGGACUGGCCCAGAGUGUCCAGGCUUGUGAGUCAGCGGUGACGCUGCUGUUUGACGCCGUCAUGCACUUGGGAUGUAAGCCAUACCUGGACAGCCAGAGAGAGUCUUGUGUGUGUCAGUAUGAAAUGAAGAGGGAACUGUGACACCGCCACAGGAUCGAAACGGACUGCGGAACGGACUGAUUGAAAACACUGACCGUGUACAAGCACAGCGCUGACAGAAGGAUACUAGCAAUAAACUCUCCGUCCAUACAUACUGUAUAGAUUUCCUCAGGGAUACAGCUUCUGCACUGAACCGUGUCCAUUGCCUCCCUUUUAUUGAAAUGUUGACAUCUAUGAGACGAGACUAAUUAUUAGAGUGGAUAAAUUGAUUUAUUUCCUAUGCAGUUAAUUAUAUAUAUAUUUUGUUAACACUGUCUAGUGUAUUUGUUCUGUGAUGUCCUGGAAACAAGGUGUUUUAGGGUUUCUAUGGCUUUUGGAAGCUUCAUUUUCCCUGUAAUAAGCACCAAAUUUGCAUAGGUCUUUUCAGGAAACGUUUGGGAAAUUAUAAGGAAUUGAUGGACUGUAAAAUCAACCAUUACUGCCACAUAAGGAACAUUUGAUAAAUAAGUAAGUUAACAAUGUCUGUUUCUACAGCAUCUAUUUUGUGUUUUCCUGUUUUUAAAAUGUGAAUGAGAUUUCAUGGAGGGUGGAAAAAAAAUGAAAGAAACACAUAAAGCUUUUAUUGACAA